AUGAAGAGCCUCGUGGACCAGGUCGGCGUCAUCCGUUCCAGCCAGGGCGUGCUCGGGAUCGCCGGCUGCCACUCCUGCGUAAUCGCCGCCGCCCGCGCGCUAGUCGCGUACCGCCGGGAAGCCGCCGCCGGCGGUGCCGCAUCCCCGUCGUACAGGGCUGUGGCGGCCGCGGCGACCGUGCCGGCGGCGUCGAGCCUGCUGCGCCCCCGACGGCUGGGGCAGUUCCUGUACGAGACGGAGCUGAGGCGGUCCGGCAGGGUGGGGAGAGCGAGAUCAGCGGUCCGGAGGCUUGUUGCCUCGCUCUUGUUCUGGUUGCCGCCUCCUCCGCCGCUGUCGUCGCCGCGGGCGCGGCAGCUGGCGGCCUCGGCGGAGGAGGCCGGGGUGACGGUACCGGCGCAGCCGACGUUCCGGCCGCCGGGCUACGGGCACCUGCCGAGGGACGGUAGCAGCGCCGGCGGCUUCGGUGGGCGAGGAGAGAUCGACCCCUCCGCCGCCUCGGCCCACAACAGCAACGCCGGCGACGCAACUGGAAGCCCAACCGAGAGCGGCAGCGGCGACGGCGGUGGCGGACAGGAUGGGUUUUCCGAGAUCGAAGAGUGUCUGUGGCUCCGGGUUUUUGCCGCGGUGGAAAGCCACGCGACGCCGUGCCGAACGGAGCCUAGACAGGGUCCGACGCCGGCCCACCUCGUUCCUCUGGACAAGGCCAUCGCGUCGGUCGAGGAGAUUUUUGGCGGGGAGGGGGAGUCCGCGGCGACGAACGCGGUGGCGGCGGCGGAAAUGGUGAAGAAAUAUGGUGCCAGCAGACGGAGGAAGAGCGACAUCUCCCCAACGUCUGUCGAGGACGAUUUCCUCCUUCACACGAUCUUGGAGUCUGUUGUCGCUGCCGUCGCCGUGCCACAGCUGGCGCUGGUGAUGGUGGACUACUGA